AUGCGCUCCUUAGCUUCAGCUACCCACACAUCAUCCAGUGUCAUCUCCUCAUCCAUUGUAUCUCCAAUUGAUGUUACCUCUUCUCUCACCACAUCAGAUAAUUUCUAUAAUCCAUCUUUACUUGGGGCUGCAAACUCGCUGCAGCUCUCCCUUCCUGUGGUAAGCGAUGCCACUUCUAUAACAGGAAGUGUCCGCAACUUCUCAAGAAUUUCGACUCCAGCUGUCACUUCAGCAUGGCUAGCGCCAUCAACUGCUGGCACCUCUUUUCAGCCACUCACGGGUAGUGCCUACCUUUACCAACAUUCUAGCACAAUGUUGUCAGGGGUUACUGGCCAGAGCUACAUGUCCACUUCAGCUUCCUCCUGUCCCAGUGUUUUUGAACAGGAUACCACAGGAAACAAUGAGAAGAAGUCCUCUGAACUUGGAGACUUCACUAUGACUCUCAUUGACCAGGGCACAGCAGUGUCUUCAAUGACAAUGACAUCCCAAUAUGCUAAAACUGCAGAUGCCAAUGCCAUAGUCCCUCUCUAUCCAUCACUGUCUACCAGCCUUGUUCAGGCAACACCAUCUCAGAUUCCAAAUCAAGGACAUAGCUUGCCCCUUCCCUACCAAGAAGGAAACCAGGCCUAUUUCUAUGAUCAAAACACACUGGGGCCUCUAUUAUCUGGAGAACUUGGUCCCUAUCUGCAGUCAUAUGGCUCGAUGUCAUACACAGAGAGUAGGGCCUCUGCCCCCCAGCCAGAAAUAGUGAUGGUGCUCAAAGAGGUCCAGCCCACAGAUGUCCUACCACCAGCCUCCACCUCUGGAAUCUACUACUCUGUGUCUGCUCAGCCCGUCACAGAAGCAAAUUAUCAAGUGAUGGAAAUUUCCCUUGGAAUGGACACUUCCCUAAGACUGCAUCCUCAAAGUCAGACAUUCUGUCUGCCAGAAAUUCCAGAAAAACCCAAAUCCUUCUGUAGCAUAAAUGAUAAAAUAAUUGAGAGCAACAUCCUACCUGAGCUUGGGGACAUCUCAGCAAUACCUCCAGUCCAGAGCUCUCCUAAUAUCUUGGCCUUGCCUCCAGCACCAAGCCAGGAACAAACAGAGAAUAACCAUUUGGAUGAAACUCAAAGAAAGAAUCUGGAUGCCUUCCAGAUCUCCACAGAAAGCCAGGAUUCACCAUUACUUCCUUUAGAAAUCCCUGACAUAAGUGAGCUUCAGGCCUUUGUUGAUACUUUGGGCCAAGAGGAGAAGCCUACUUGUGAAAAUGACAAUUUGGAAAAGAGCAGCCUGAGCCUUGAGGACCAAGGGACACUUGAAAAGGAAACUGAGUUUAGCAAUGAUCUUACUGAUAUUACAACACUGGUGGAAGAUAUUUACUUUCCCCAGAUUCUCAACUCAUUCACAGAUAUUGAUCAAUCAGAAGUUUCCACAACAAUACAAGACAAAGACAAGGGAAUCAUCAAUGUGACACAGAUGCAGGAAAAAUCCAGUAUCACCAACAGUGCCACUGAUCAAAUCCAAAACAAGCAUGAAGCCUUCGAGGUAGUCAGUGGAGCUCAGCACCCAAACCCAGAAUGUCUGCUGGAGGAAGAGGUGAUUAUGAGCACCAUCCCACCCAGUGACAAGGCUUCUGUGAACACAGCCAAGCAUUCUACCAGCAAACCUCCAAAAGCUGCAACCAGCAGGGUAAGCAAAACUAAGCGCCAUAGCCAAGAAAAGACCAAAAGGAUCAGGGAAAACAACUCCAAAUGUGAAGAAACCAAGCAGUCAGGGAACAAAAUCAAAAAAGAAGAGAAGACAAGCAUUCCCAAGAUGAAACACAACAGAAGUCACCCUGAGCUUAACCAAGAGAACUUCAAAAGGCCUCGAAGCAAUCUAGGUAUGCAUAUGUUGGAGUCAGUUCAGGUUUUUCAUGCACUAGGGAAGAAGAAUGAUAAGAAAACUGGAUUGUCUUCCUCCAGAUCCUUAAAAAAUGUAAUCAGCACACAAGACACCAAAUUUUCCCCAGCUAUGAAAUCCUGGCUGGAUAUUCCUCAUGAGGGUAAAGGCUCUAAAAACAUUCAAGUCAAGAAAAGGGAUAGGAGUGAAAGCCAGUGUCCAUCACCAACCCAGGAUGAGCUGCCUCCACCUGGGAAGGUCAAGCUGGUUCCUUUGCCUUUUCCAACCCCCGAGAAGCCUCAAGCUCGACCUGUUUCUCACAAGCCACAGUCUCUGGCCUCCCAGAGACCCACUGUACCUUACCCUGCCCGACCUCAUUCUAACACAGCUCAACCUACCACAGUCAGCUUAUCUCAACCAGCUACUGCCAACACAAGUUUCAUAGGUUCCACCAAAACAUCUCAGCCAACUGCAACCAAUACAACCACACAGGGAUUGACCAAUGUUCCCCAGCCUAGUGUGUCUCAAUCUGCUGUUUCAAUGCCUAAACCCUACAAAACAUCAUCUGCCACCUCUCUUCAGCACAAGCCUGUACCAACUGCUGGGAACAAGCUCCAGUCAAUGCCUAAGCCUCAAAACCAGUAUCUACUCCAAGAUUUCAGCUGCCAACCAAUUCCAUGGAAGAAAGCCUAUAUUCCUGGGCCAGUAGUAUCAAGUCCCAUCACCAAGGAGCAAAGGCCAGAGCGUGAAGCCAUGAAAAAGCGGGCCCAACAAGAGCGUGAGAAUGCUGCCAAAUACACUGCUUUGGGGAAAUUGCAGUUUUUUGUUCAGAGGGAAAAAGAUAUGGAAAUAUCUCGAUACUAUGGCUAUGCAAUGUAA